AUGACUUAUCAACCCACUGCCGCCGAGCUCGCUGCUCACACAUUCGAGUUUGAUAGCGCAACGUUGGAUAAGCCUUUAGCAGACUUUCUCCAGAAAUUCUACACGCUCUCCGACGACAGAGAGAAUGCCAAUAGUUGGGCCGCUUGCUUCACCGAGGAUGCAACCAUGAAGCGGAAGACGGCCGAUGCGGUUGGUCGUGACGCUAUCUCUGAGAUCAACAUGGGAUCGUGGGAGGGCCAAGCCUCGCGUCUCCACGUUGUAUAUAAAGUCUUCCCAUUCGCAGCGGGAAGUCCUCAAGAGGUCAUGGUUUACGGAUUGAGUAAAUAUUGGUAUGAGGAUGGAACCACGGGACAAAUGCCCUGGGCUGCUCGGCUUCAUUUCCAACGGUCCAAAGAGGGUAUUGCGAUAGAUUUCUACCAGAUUUAUGCGGGUCAACUCCAAACGCCAGCUGAGUAA